GAAAAAAGUAUGUCUUCCUGCGUAGAACCGGCACAGUUAGGACCGUACACGUCAUCCUUGUCGACAUUUCCUCGCCCCUGAACUGUGUGUAGCUGCUGGUGGCUUUCCACCGUCCCCCCGUUCCGAUGGCUUGAAGCGAAGUAUCGAAUAGUGCUUUCAAGCCUCUUGCUAGAAGCUGAUGUAUUGAGGACUAACAUAACCUUUUAUAAUGCGUGUUCCGGGCAUUCGGUGGCGCCACUGGAAAAUGAACAGCUAAGUGAGAGGAAAGGCGUUGUGUGCUUUCACAAUUUCAUGCCCGUCGGCCUGCUUGCGGUUGAAGCAACCAUGAUUCAAACUGGCAGAGGUUCCGUGGUAAUGCGGUAGCGAUUCUAGCCUGCCCAUCAAAAAGCCAUCCAAAUUAUCUGCGCGGCGCGGUUGGUCCGACGUUAUUCGGCGGGCCUGGACUAUGACUACAGGCGACACACGUGGGAUACACAUCGACUUCCCGACAUACUCACGACGCCGCGACACGGUCGACUUAACUGCACCCAGUAUCAGGAGAAUCCGGAUCCUUCGACGAGCAAGCUUCUUUUUUAACUCUGCCGACACAAGCGUUGUGAACAUCCCCGCGCCCACCCAAUCCCGCACACAAUAGGGACGCCAAUUCAUCCGGGCUGCUGACCUGUUACAUCUUCGCGUAUGAAACAUGACAGCAAAUCUGUCGUCGGCAGCCACCGUGGCUCUUUGCAUCUUUCUUUCGUGCAACCUGCACAACUACUGUUUCGGAAGUUGGACGUUGGCGGCAGAACAGUUGGAUACAGCACCGGGUAUCCGCGGGACCGAUGCCCGGCAUGCACCAUCGGCAGUCCCAAGCUCAGCCAUCCCCGCCGAAGCUGAACAGCAACAAGCGCCAGUUGCUGUUCGCCUGAAGAAGUUGAAGAGAACUAGUCUCAGAAAAAAUGGCACGGCUUUGUCACGUCGUACAAAAACGGUGACUGCGGCCAAGGUGGUCCUUUCCCUGACAGCUGUCUUAGGGCUACUGGUGGCUUCUGUCAAGCUAUAUCAGUGUCGGCAAAAGUUGCCAGCAAACACUAGUAAACAAGCUGCGGGAAGCACAGGGCGACGACUUGCAGAAGGCGGCAGUGACGACAAACCAUGUGUAAGCGUGGCUCUAUCAUCACCAUGGUACCGCUAAGGUGCCUGUCGUGUCCUUAACAACCCUACUAGGCCUCAACAACUCUCCAAUGGUCGAUAGCUUUUCUUCGGCAUUUCACCCGCGGUAUCUGGAUCUUAUUUCGCAGAUACGCUAUGUUCCAGGGUUUGAACCAUUCGGUUUAGUUCCUCUGAGUGAACGCCUGUGAAGCACACAGCUGCUGUAUUGUGCACCAGGGAGCCAAUUCUCGCGUGGUGUGCUGAUACCUGCAUAGCUCUUCCCAUAAAAAUGAGGUUUACGUUGUCGUUAACGGUGAGCUACAACCGCACCGGCAGGCGGUGAAUGAGAUAGUGGAUGUCGUCAACACGUCAUGACCGUCAACUGCCUAUAAAAGCUGUUUGAAACCACGCCGACGUGGAUCACCAUGAUGACGUAAGAAAACAGUUCCCAGUGGUGGAACUGAUUAAGAUACCAUCUAUUCUGCCUGGCUGAAACUGGAGUCGCCACGCUAACCUCGAAUAUUUAUCGCCUCUUUGGGUGCAAUAGAAGCCCUGCGUACACCCUCUGCGUAAUUGACGUGC